ACGCAGCUUUUCUUAAGUUUCUGUGUUUAAUGCCUCUUCUAGCCACUGUGCAAUUCUCUUCUGCUUUUAAGUUGUGACAGGGAGGAACUUCGCCAAGGCGAAUUGGUAUUAUGCAAUAUCAAACUCAAAAUAUCAACCAAAGUCUAUGAAAAAUGAUGCAAGGGAACGGCUGUUGAAGUUAUUAGUUAUAUUUCAGUAACAUGUUAUUUAUUUUACACUCUUCGAGGAUUUGUCGUCACUUGCCAUGUCUCUCAGUAUUCAAAUUAUUGACUGUCAAGUAUGCAGCGAGUGGAGCAAGAGCUGUUCCAAAAGCUGUGCAACUUCAAGAGCAACCUUACUUGAGUGUGUCGGAAAAAAGCGGAUUACAAACAUUCAUUGUAAAUCCAACAGUAAUAAUACCUUGCAAGGAAAUUGUAGAAAAGUCAAAGAUAAUAGAGAAUGAUAAAAGAAGGAAGCAAACCAAAGAAAUUGCUCCAGAGCCAGAAUGGCAACAAAUGAAAGUUGAAACCACCAAGCUUCACAAGCAUUGUUUAAUGCUAUCUAAAAUCAGACUGACUUCUCUGGUAGUUAUUACUACAAUGGGUGGAUAUGCUCUGGCACCAGCCCCAUUCGAUCCAUAUACAUUUGUAAUGUGUUCACUAGGUACUGGAUUAGUAUCGGCCACAGCCAAUUCCAUUAAUCAGUUCUUCGAAGUUCCUUUCGAUGCGCAAAUGUCUCGUACAAAGAAUCGAGUACUAGUCCGUGGUCAUCUUACACCAGUCCACGCUGUGGCUUUUGCAGCAAUAUCUGGUGCAGCUGGUCUCUCCACACUUUACUUUGAAGUAAAUGGUUUAACGGCAGCUCUUGGAGCUGCAAAUUUAAUACUCUACACGUUAAUUUAUACACCAAUGAAACGAGUCAGUAUUUUAAAUACUUGGGUUGGUUCCAUAGUGGGAGCAAUACCUCCACUAAUGGGCUGGGCUGGUUGUGCCGGAAGCAUUGCUGAUCCAGGUGCCUGGAUAAUGUCAGGAAUGCUGUAUGCCUGGCAAUUUCCACACUUCAAUGCUUUAUCGUGGAAUCUUCGACCUGACUACUCAAGAGCUGGUUACCGCAUGAUGGCCGUUACCAAUCCUGGACUAUGUCGAAGGACAGCACUUCGUUACACUGCUGUAUUAAUGGGUUUGUCCUAUUUAGCACCAGUAUUGGAUGUAACAAACUGGUGGUUUGCAGUAGCUUCUACGCCAUUAAAUGCUUACUUCCUAUACCUGGCAUGGCAAUUUAAUAAGCAAUCAGAUAGCGCUACCUCCCGGAAACUCUUCCGAUUCUCUCUGGUUCAUUUACCAGCUCUAAUGUUAAUGUUACUGUUGAGUAAAAAAUAUUGGAGCACAGCAGGAAAAGAUAAGCCACUUCCUGAACGAGAAGAUAAUUCAAUGCUAAAUCUAUUCCAUCAUGUUCAGAGUAGCUAGCUAGUAUUCAAAAGUCAAUUUGAAACUGAUAUUGAAAUGUUGAGAGCCCUGUCAGACUUCCAUUAUGUCGCUCCUUACAUCCGUAAGCGAUAGUAGAAAUGGUUGGAAUCAUGAAUUCAGCCGGUUAGACAAUUAGUUAAAUGACUUUGUAAAAUAUCUUACUUGUACAUAAAAAAAAUACUUUGGAAUUAAAUAUUGUAGUUAUACAUUAA